CAGUUUCGUUUCGUACAGUUCAGUUGUGCAUUGUGAGAUAGUUUGGAAUACAGCUAAGACUUGAAAGUGCAUCAGAUCACAGAAGAAGAUACAACAAGAGACAAGAGCAAUGAAAGCAGUGAUCGUGAGUGUUUUUAUCGCGGCACUUUUGGCGCCACAAGUGACGCAGGGCGUUUCGUUUUGCCCGAAUCGGUGCGUGUGUGACGACAUUAAACUGCACGUGACUUGCGGUGAAGGCGAGCUGGAUGUGCUACCGAUCGCGUUAAAUCCAGCCAUCCAGCGGUUGGUGAUCAAGUUCAAUCGGAUUAAAGCGAUCGAUUCGUCGAUCCAGUUCUACUCGGAGCUAACCAUGCUGGAUCUGAGUUACAACCACCUGCUUGGAGUUCCGGAACGAGUUUUUGUGUACCAGAAGCAACUGCUGCAGCUGCAUUUGAAUAAUAACAAAAUUGGUGCCAUCAAUAAUAAGACGUUCUAUGGAUUGAACGAGCUGCGAGUGUUGAAUCUGCGAGGAAAUUUUAUCAACGAGCUGACGGCGAACAUGUUUACCACUUUGCCAAAGCUGGAGGAAUUGAAUCUUGGCCAGAAUCGCAUUGAAGUUCUGCAUUCCAACGCAUUUGAAAGCCUAACGAGUUUAAGGAUCUUGCAUUUGGACGACAACUCAAUCAACAUCAUAUCGACUCCGGCUUUCCAACCAUUGAAGAUGCUUGCUGAACUUUACUUCGGUACCAACACAUUGAAUCAGAUUCAACCGGGAGCAUUUGAAGGACUGCGGCAGCUGAGACGGCUGGACGUGCGAGGAUCGAUGCUGGUCAACAUCACGUUCGAUACCUUUCGUGGCCUGGAGAAUCUACGAUCGUUAGACCUGUCCGACAAUCAUCUGCUGAAGGUUCCCACGGUUCAGCUGAGUAGUCUGAAGCGUUUGGAGGAGCUCAAGAUUGGGCAGAAUGAUUUCGAGGUCAUCCCCGAGGGUGCGUUCUACGGGUUGUUCAAUCUGCGAAAAAUCGAUAUCUCCGGAUCGUUAAAUUUGAGACGUAUUCAAGCGGGAGCUUUCUCGGCUAACACAAAUUUGGACACGAUCGUAAUCGCUUCCAACAAGAUCCUGUCGGACAUCGAGGAAGGAGCGUUUUCUGGACUUCCACACAUUGAAAAUGUGAUCCUGCGAGACAAUGCAAUUCGAGGUGUUCGUGAGGAAUUGCUUCCUUGGAAACAGCUGCGCAAUUUUGAUCUUUCGGAAAAUCCACUAGUUUGUAAUUGUCAUCUGCAGUGGCUGAGGAAUCUGCUGCAACAGAAACCGAUCGAGACGGAGCAAAGUCAAGUAAUUUGUGAGUAUCCGGAGCGCUUGAGGGGAGAAGCUUUGAGAGAGAUCAGCUCUGAACUUUUGGGAUGCCAUCAACGUCAAUCCCGCGAUCGAGCCGUGGUUGGAGCAGUCCUGGUGGCUUCAGCUGCUUCCGUUACGACGUUCGUUUUGGUAGCUUAUCGCCUGCGUCAUCGACUAGUGGACAUAUUUGGACCGAAUUGGCACAACAAACGUAAUUCGCUCAAAGAGGAAAAGGACUUGGAAUUCGGAAAGUGUUUCGAAGAGAUCGAUUACCAUCAACCGAACUUCAACAUCUAUAGCUACCACUGUCAGCACCAGCUGCAGCAGCACCUCCCAUCGUGUCCUCAGCGAUCUUACGACCACCACAUCUACGAAAUGCCAAUUCCGGUGUCCGAUUUGUGAGCCCCCCACCGGUAAAAAGACCUGUAGGUCAUGGAAUUGAUCAUCGUGCGAUACGUGCGCUCACACCAGGAGCCGGCAAACUUCCGGUCCUCAAAUUGCAUGCUUGACGACAACGGAACGCCCGAGGGCUUGUUAUAGAAGCAGCAGUUUACCAUUAGCGCACCACCGUAGGAUCCCGUCGGGAAAAUUUGAAUAUUUACUGUUCAUCAUCAAACGGGGGCUGGUUAGUCCCCUGUAAAUUAUGUCCCCGAACAAGGGGACAAAGCAAAAAGAAACACGAGAAAAUAAAUGAGUUCAUUAUUUUUUUUUA